AUGGGGAUGUACUCCAGCCUGUGGAACGCAGACGACUGGACCACGCAGGGAGGGCUGGUUAAGACUGAUUGGUCCAAGGCUCCGUUCACCGCUUACUGCAUUAACUUCAAAGGUGAUGCUUGUGUGGGAACUUCAUCUUCAUGCUCUUUUAAGACAUCUAGUUCUGGGCCCUCGUCGGAGGAGCUGGACGCAAGGGGAGGAAGAGGCUCAGGUGGGUUCAGAAGAAUUACAUCAUUUACAACUUAUGCACAGAUUUCAAGCGCUUCCCUAAUGGUCUACCACGGGAAUGCAGGAGUAAUUAAUUGA